UGCGCGCGUACGGCCGAUCUCUUCGUGUCAUACGAGCAGCCUAAAUAUAGAUUGACACUGUGGCAUUAAUUUGUUGAAUGGAAAGAUAGGUGCGUUCAUGCUCGAGGGGGACCGAGCAUCAUUGUGGGGUAGAUCGCGACGGGGUACGGCAGAAAUCUCUGCAUCCGUGCGAGCCCUUCCUCAAAGUCGCGCUCGGUUAAGCGUUCGGCUCACGUUUAAAAAAAAAAGGGGGUGACUCUCCACUCCCCUCAGAAGUUUCGCAUUCCGUAUACCGAAGAUCUCGGAAGUGAUUUCGCACCUGGAAGAAUUGUGGAAUAUUUAGCAGAAUGCCGAGCUAAGGACCGGUGCGAGGAUACCAAGAAGGGACAUAUUGAGACGGCGAGGAAAAUCGCAUAUAUUGGAUCGUAAUAAUUGCGUCGGCACAACUAGAUAGGACGAGGUCGCGUUGCAAAAACUUCCUAUUUUAUAGACGACAAUUAUCAAUCAGCCCUUCGCUUCUCCCUGUCUCUUUCCACUUCACCGUCGAUUCAACGGCCGUCCCGUUCCAAACGCUUUAAUCAGAAAGAAGAGCGCAAGUUACACAGUUAGCGAGCCGGUCUCCACUCGCGCGGUCGGCCUGCCUAGGAUGAGGUGAGUUCUCCAAUUCCGAUCUCAUCUCGCGAUCUCGUCGCCGCAACGAAUAAUGCCUUCAAGGGGAUCGACCGGCCGUCCCAAGGUAGACAGAUCCACUAGUCCUCUGCCGAGAAAACCGGCGCCGAACCCGGUGAAUCCGGUGCAGGAGCUGAAGGCCCUCUUCUCCGAUCCCGCCAGCAACCGAGCUCCCCCCAAUGGCGAGAAAGAGUCGGAUUUCCGAUUCGAGGCAAUACAAUGCCUGCGACAGUCCUCGAUUAUCAAGAGGCCCAGGGAUUCCCUGCCGGAACGAGGGAACUGGAGCAGCAAGAUCGAAUUUAUUUUAUCCGUCGUGGGAUUGGCCAUAGGUUUGGGGAAUCUGUGGCGAUUUCCGUACCUUUGUUAUAAGAAUGGCGGCGGUGCUUUCAUGGUGCCCUACUUCAUCGCGCUCGCACUGGCCGGUAUACCCAUGUUCCUGAUGGAGCUAUCCUUAGGACAGAUGCUGACGAUAGGUGGUCUGGGUGUUUUUAAAAUAGCACCGAUUUUUAAAGGCAUUGGAUAUGCGACCUGCGUGCUUUCCUGCUGGACCAAUGUGUAUUACAUCAUCAUCCUUGCUUGGGCGCUCUUCUACUUCCUGGUCUCCUUACGUACUGAUGUACCUUGGGGAACUUGCGACAACUCGUGGAACACGCGCUACUGCAUCACGACCCGCGAACGUCUGAACGUAUCGUGCUGGGAGAACGACCACUGGCCGAACAACUUGAUAUGUGCCACACCUCUUGGGAACUUGAGUCACGAGCUGUUGAAGGAUCCAGUCAAAGAAUUUUGGGAGAGGCGCACCCUGCAGAUUUCCUCGGGCAUCGAAGACGUCGGUGGUAUAAGAUGGGAAUUGGCCGGUACCCUCGCGGUCGUGUGGAUUAUGUGCUACUUUUGUAUCUGGAAAGGCGUCAAAUGGACCGGCAAGGUCGUCUAUUUCACGGCGCUCUUCCCAUAUGCCCUGCUGGCGGUGCUGCUCGUGCGAGGCUUGACGCUUCCCGGCGCUUCGGAAGGUUUGAAGUAUUACGCUACGCCGAAUCUCUCGAAACUCGGCGAUCCCGAGGUAUGGAUAGACGCGGUGACCCAGAUAUUCUUCACUUACGCUCUCGGUCUAGGUGCAUUGGUAGCCCUAGGCAGUUACAACAAAUUUAAUAAUAAUGUUUACAAAGAUGCUCUCAUCGUAUGCGGAGUGAAUACUUGCACCAGCUUGCUUAGCGGAGUAGUCAUAUUUUCCGUAGUCGGUUUCAUGGCCCACGAGCAACAGAAACCAGUGGCCGAUGUAGCCGCUUCUGGGCCUGGGCUGGCUUUCCUAGUUUAUCCCUCGGCAGUGUUGCAACUACCUGGGGCCUCAAUUUGGGCGAGUCUGUUCUUCUUUAUGCUCCUCCUGAUAGGAUUGGAUAGUCAGUUCUGCACCAUGGAGGGCUUUAUCACCGCCGCCGUGGAUGAGUGGCCGCGAACGCUCAGAAAACGGAAAGAAAUGUUCAUCGCGAUCGUAUGCUUGAUCUCCUAUCUAAUCGGACUUCUGUGCGUUACGGAAGGCGGUAUGUACGUGUUUCAACUACUAGACACGUACGCUGUGAGCGGGUUCUGCUUACUCUUCCUGAUGUUCUUCGAGUGCAUCGCCGUCUCAUGGGCAUUCGGGGUGGACCGAUUUUACGACGGCAUACGGGACAUGAUAGGCUAUUACCCAUGUUUCUGGUGGAAGAUAUGCUGGACAUUUACCACUCCUGCCAUUUGCGUGGGCGUUUUCAUCUUUAAUAUUAUCAAAUUCGUCCCUGUCAAAUACCUUGCGUACGAAUUUCCGUGGUGGAGCCAUUUGCUGGGAUGGCUCGCGGGUCUUUCCUCGAUGUUGUGCAUUCCAGGUUACAUGAUUUAUAUCUGGAGCGUUACACCCGGAACUACCUCAGAGAAAUAUCGGAAAUUGAUAAAAAUAGAAGAUGAUGUUGCUGCCUUACGGAAGAAACUCAAUCCAAUCAAAGCCGCUGCCAUCGAUGCGGAGUUCGAAUUAUAAAAUCGUGCCUUCUUUAAAUAGAUUAUGCGGUGUACGCGAUGAAAUGUAGAACGCUGGGGAAACUUUGAGCGCAAUGGAAUGUUUGCGAUUCAGAAAUAAGUCAUAUUUCGCUAGAAUAGCAUCAAGAUGAGAUAUCAUGUGCGUUUUACUCAUUUCGAGCGCAGUUUCAUCGAGAAAAAUGAAGUUUAUUGACUAAACUAAUCUAUUAUAUAUCUCAUAAUCUGCUUCUAACAUACCGUAUGAAAAGAUAAAAAUAAUAAAAAUAUACUUUACAAUUC